CAAGAUAGCUAUGGCUCAGAAAUUUACCCCAAAAUUUUGGAAGCCAGGAUCUGAUGCACCUGCAACCCCGUUAGAAGAGGAGAGAAAGACAACAACAGAAGAAGCAGCUACAGCAUUUGUGUACAACCCAGAUAUAUCCAAAUCCAUUGAACAACAGCGUCAGAAACUGCCAGUUUUCCAGCUUCGGAACCACAUCCUAUACUUGUGUGAGACGUACCAGACAGUGGUCAUUGUUGGGGAGACUGGAUGUGGAAAGAGUACACAAAUUCCUCAGUACCUGUUGGAGGCUGGCUGGGGGUCAGAAGGUCAUGUGAUAGGAGUCACACAGCCUCGAAGGGUCGCAGCAGUCACUGUGGCUACGCGUAUUGCUGAAGAACGUGGAUCUCUACUUGGAGAUGAGGUUGGCUACACCAUCAGAUUUGAUGACUGCUCAGACAAAGCCAGAACACGCAUCAAGUUUAUGACAGAUGGUAUGAUGAUACGGGAAAUAAUGGAAGACCCCCUCCUUCAAAAAUACAGUGUUUUAAUGUUAGACGAGGCUCACGAGAGGACUCUGAACACAGAUAUUGUGAUGGGACUUUUGAGGAAGAUAAUGAAGAAAAGGGAAGACCUCCGAAUCAUAGUGGCUUCUGCCACGCUUAAUGCUGAGGAAAUGAAGACAUUCUUCAACAACAAUGACACUGGAGAUAGAAGACAGGACAAAGCCACAAUACUGUCCAUAGAGGGUAGGACAUUUCCAGUGGAUAUUCACUACAGUAUAGAUCCAGUACCAGAUUAUGUGAAGGCGACAGUUGAUACAAUUAUGAAGAUCCAUCAUGGAGAGAAACAAGGAGAUGUGCUGGCUUUUCUCACUGGACAGGAUGAGGUCCAGAAGGUGGUACAACUUCUGAUAGAUGAAGCUAAACGUAUCCCAAAAGACAGACAAAAGAUGAAAGUUGUACCAAUGUAUGGCAGCCUGCCAGCAUCAGAACAGAUGAAGGUUUUCCAAAGGACACCAUUUAAUACAAGAAAGAUCGUGAUAGCAACAAAUAUAGCAGAGGCGUCUAUAACAAUAGAUGGUAUCGUAUACAUUGUAGACUGUGGAUUUGUGAAAUUGGUGGCUUAUAAUCCCAAGACUGGGAUAGAAUCAUUGGUGAUAAUUCCUGUUUCACAAGCAUCAGCCAAUCAGCGUGCAGGGCGAGCUGGCAGGGUGCGUGCCGGGAAAGCCUUCAGACUUUACACAGAAAAAGCUUUUGAUGACCUGCCUGCAGCCACUGUUCCAGAGAUGCAGCGUAGUGACCUGGCCCCAGUCGUUCUACAAAUGAAAGCUCUCGGUGUCGGCAAUGUUCUACGUUUUAAUUUCCUGUCUCCACCACCAGCUCAGAACAUGGUUCGAGGGCUGGAGCUGUUGUAUGCACUGGGUGCCAUGGAUGACAAUGGCAUGCUGACCUCACCAUUAGGACUACAAAUGGCAGAGUUUCCACUGUCUCCAAUGUUCGCCAAGAUGUUGCUUGUAUCUGGCGAGUACCAGUGUUCUGUGGAAGCUGUUGCUGUGGCAGCAAUGACCCAAAUACAGAAUGUGUUUGUAACCCCUUCUGGUCAGCGGAACACAUCAGACAAGAUGAAAAGAAAAUUUUCUGUCGAAGAAGGUGAUCAUGUGACUCUGGUUAAUGUUCUGGCUGCUUUUCUCAAGUAUGGCAGUAGUAAGAAAUGGUGCCAUGAGUUCUUACUGAACUACAAGGGCCUCACCCGAGCUGUACAGAUCCGUGACCAGUUAACACGACUCCUCACCAGAUUCAACAUUCCUAUGGUAUCCUGUGAAGGGCAUCUGGAGAAAGUGACGACACCUUGGUCUGCAUGCUCAUGCUGUUGGUUUGGCUGCUGUUGUUGCGGGUUAUGGAAUGUCCGUUUUUGAAAUUGACUAAUAAUAAAAAAGACCCAUCCU